UUGAAUUUGACCUUACAGUCAUAACAACUGUUACAUCACAAUUUUGAAAUAUAUACAUUAAAAAUCCUUUUCUAACAAAUUUAUCAUCAGAUAGCUAAGUCCUAAUUAUCUUGAGCUCUCGUCAUAAGACAUCAGUUCACACUGAUAUUUUUGAUUUAUCUUGUUACUGUUCCCCUUAUGCCUUUCUUCUUCAGGUUAAGACAAAUACGUUUUUCCCCAAAAUCCACAACACGCAAUGUAAUUCCAAACUAAACACAAAUCUAUCAACAGUUUAAUGUUAUGGUGUCAAACAUUUUAUCUCAUUGCAGAAGAUUACUCACAAUCAUGAUUUCAGUUGCAACUGAAUGCCCAUCGGCAUUUAUCGACAUUAUCAUCAUACGCUCUCUUAUUUUCUGAAUCCUAGUACUAAACAUUUCUAAAGUUGGUGACCAGAUGAUCACUUUUGAACCACUAUUAGAUUUUACUUGCUUGUCAUAAUUUCUGACGUGAACCUUGUACUUACUAAUUUCGUCAAUUUCAACAUGGUAGAAAUUAGUGAAAGAAUAGUUGAAGAUUACAAAUGUGAGCCGCCCCCAAAUCACCUUUUGAACACAGAAAUUUUUUGGAAGAUGGGGUGUAAUAAAUUCAUUGCCGUUGAACCAGCAGAAAUAUACUUUGAUAAUAUUAGUUUUCGGUCUCAAAAGUCUGGAAUAAUGAAACAGUUUGAAUUAAAAAAUAUAUCUGACCGCGUGACACGUUUACACAUUUUGCCUCCAGAUACCAAGUACUUUCGACUGUCGUAUAAACAGCCGAAGUGUUUGGUACCUGGUUAUAGUAUUACGUGCCGUCUGAUAUUUUUCCCUGAUAAACCAAGUUACUAUGAAGAUUGUAUACGUGUGCAUACUGAAGAUCAUGAGAAUCAGUUAAUCGUCCCAAUCUAUGCUUAUCCUGUGAUAGGUGACUUCGAGUUUCCAGAGUUCAUUGAAUUUCCACCAACAAUUAUUGGGAAAAAGUGA